CUGAACAGUUGUUAUGGUUUUCAAAUCGGUCGUGGUCAAGAUAGAAAUAUUUUAGACCAUUAGUUAAUAUCUAAAGUGUUUAGUCUACUAAAUUUUAAACCUGACUUAUAGCAAUCAUUAUAGUCUUCAUAAUGUAUUUAUCAAUCUUGGUAUUUUAAUUUUUAUAGGUUUAAAGUACUUUUAAUUGUUAGUUAGAUAAAAUCCUUAAUUAUUUUAAUUUAUUUGAGACUACUCAAAAAAUCGGUGUCGUCCACACCAUCGUUUUUAUCUGAGACUGAUUUUCAGUAAUGUUAUAAAGUGUGAUAAAGAAAGUUAGCUUCCUUCCUUUAUAUUAUCACUUUGAGAAACUAUGACUGGAGGAAAGUGUAAAUCAUGUGGUUCCUCCGAUUUGGAAGUUGACCCUAGUAGAGGAGACACAGUAUGUACAAAUUGUGGUACUGUUAUUGAAGAUAGUGUGAUUGUUUCCGAAGUUCAGUUUGAAGAAAAUGCCCAUGGUGUCAGUAGUGCCAUUGGGCAGUUCGUUUCUUCAGAUUCCAGUGGUGGUUGCAGAGGAUUUGGAAACAAUUUCCAAACUGGAGGAGUCAGAGAAUCUCGAGAAUUGACUCUGCAAAAUGCCAAAAGGAGUAUAUCCAGUCUUUGCCAGCAGCUGAGAUUGAACCAGCACUGCUUGGACACUGCAUUUAAUUUCUACAAAAUGGCCUUAAGCAGACAUCUGACAAGAGGUAGAAAACAUAGUCAUAUUGUUGCGGCUUGCCUUUACAUCACAUGCAGAAUAGAAGGGACACCUCAUCUUCUAAUCGAUUUCAGCGAUGUUCUUCAAAUAUGUGCCUUCGAAUUAGGCCGAACCUAUCUUCGUUUAUCUCAAGCUCUCUGCAUCAAUGUUCCAGCAUUAGAUCCUUGCUUGUAUGUCCUCCGAUUUGCCAAUAAACUUGAACUAGGCGAAAAGACUCACGAGGUGACAAUGACAGCAUUGAGACUCGUCCAGAGGAUGAAGAGAGACAGUAUGCAUUAUGGUCGAAGACCUUCUGGUAUUUGUGGUGCAGCUCUGUUAAUGGCUUCUCGUUUGCACCAGUUCAAUCGAACUGUUGGUGAUAUUAUAAAAGUUGUUCAAGUACACGAAUCUACGUUAAGAAAAAGACUAGUGGAAUUCGGUGAAACGCCUUCUAGUUCUCUUACAUUGCAAGAGUUUAUGACUGUUGAUUUAGAAGAAGAACAAGAUCCUCCAUCGUACAAAGCUGCUAGAGCAAAAGAUAGGGAAAGAUUAAAGAUGCUGGAAGACAAAGAGAGCUUGAGAGAACUGAACAGAAUGCAGUUGGAAAUAGAAAAGCAAAUUUUCGAUAAGAAAAGCAAGAAACCAUCUUUUGGAGAUGUUGAAACUACCAAUGAUGAAGAAGGAGAUUUUGAAACAUUUGUUUCAAGUUCCACUAUAGAUGUGAUUGAAGAAUUAGAAGAUGAGCAUGAAAUAGCAUUUGGAGAAGAUGUACCAGUCGGCUUAGGACCUAGUAGCGCUGUGAUGGGCCUUGAAGAAGGUGAUGGUAAAAGGGAUGAUAAAGAUUUUACUUUCGAAGGAAAUGGUGAGCUAGAUCUGGAAGGCAUUGACGACAAGGAACUUGAUAUGUACAUUAUGACAGAUGUCGAAACUGAAAGGAAAGAUAAAAUCUGGACUGAAAGGAAUGCUGAUUAUCUUCAAAAACAGAAAGAAAAAGAAGAAAAAUUAAGAAAAGAAAUGGAGGAAGGUAAACCACCAGAAAAAAAGAGGAAGAAGUCCAAUUCGAGAAAGAAAUCUUCUACUCCGGCCAAUUCCGCAGGAGAAGCUAUAGAAAAAAUGUUGCAAGAGAAGAAAAUUUCUACGAAAAUCAAUUACGAUGUAUUGAAGAGUUUGAACUUCAAUCUAAAGGAAACGGCAACUGGAGAAAUGAGCGCUAUUGGGCUAAAAGCUGAAAUAGUACCAAAAGAAGAAGUUCUGAGCGGUAUCGAAAAGCCUCAUCACAGUAUGAUUAAAGAUGAAAAGCCUAUACCCAAAAUGAUGACUGGAAAUCUUAGAAAUAAGCAAAUGACCUCAAAAGAACCCACUAUUGAAUUGGAUACCGAUAACAAUCGAGCUGAUGAUGUUCUGGAUGAUGACGAUGAAGUGGAAGUUGAAGAGACUGGUGUUGUUUCUCUCGCAGAUAUGCUCAACCAGCACAGAGGGGAAGACGACGACCCAUAUUAUGGAUACGACGAAGAAGAUUACUAAUUAUUAUUUAUCUCAUUACGAGGAACUAUUUAUUUUUUUAAUUGAAACUAGGGCCAUUGUAAAUAUAUUUUCUUAAGGUUUUUAACCAAGUUUUUGUUUUGGUUGUGGAAACUAGUUUUUGUUAUGUUUUUUCUCUAUAUGGAAAUCCUAGUCAGAAUAUAUUUUUUUUUUUUUUGUUUUAUUUUAGAAGCAUGGUUGAGUUUGAUUUUUUAUUUAUUUUUCUAAUUAAUCUAAG